GAAAAUGAAAUGAAAACAAACUGCUUCUAAACAAUGAUCAAAUAUCAUGGUUGAAAUCUUUCUCAAGAAAAUACAAGAAUUCAUUUCUUAGCCCCACCUAACACAAACUGAAGCUGAUCCCAAAUGUUAAUAUAAAGCAAAACCAUAUCCGCUGCACACUGCCCACAUUUCCUCUUGUUGUUUCUAGUAAUAACGGUUGAUUUUCCUCAUCAACAGCUACUUUUCAUGCCCCUUCACGUUACUACAGAGUUAUAAUAAAAAACAUACAGGCCAUUUCUUUUCAGGUUGAGAAGUAAAGAAGGGAAAGGAAGGAUUUUGAGCAGACACCCUGAUGGAUUUCAGUUCCUUCUUGACGUCCCUAGGGACCUCCUUCGCUAUUUUCGUCGUUUUGAUGUUUCUUUUCGCUUGGCUUUCGAGGAGGCCAGGAAACGCCGUUGUGUACUACCCAAAUCGGAUUCUGAAGGGUCUGGAUCCAGUUGACGGUGGCUCCGCCCCUCGAAACCCGUUUACUUGGAUCCGUGAAGCAUUGUCUUCUAGUGAGCAGGAUGUGAUUAACAUGUCAGGAGUUGAUACGGCCGUGUACUUUGUCUUCUUGAGCACAGUGCUGGGAAUAUUGGCUUUCUCUGGCUUAGUUCUGCUGCCAGUUCUUCUACCGGUGGCUGUAACUGACCAUGGUGCGAACUCGAACUCAAACUCACAGACUACAAGCAAUGGGACUUUUGGUGACUUGGACAAGUUAUCAAUGGGGAAUAUUGCAGAGAAGAGUCCAAGGUUGUGGGCAUUUCUGGUAGCAACCUACUGGGUUUCUUUCAUCACAUAUUACCUGCUAUGGAAAGCUUAUAAACAUGUUGCUGCACUGAGAGCCGAUGCCUUAAUGUCUCCUGAAGUGAGACCAGAGCAAUUUGCUGUUCUUGUUAGAGACGUGCCAAAAGCCACUGAAGGUCAAAGCAGAAAAGAGCAGGUGGAUUCAUAUUUUAAUGCUAUCUAUCCCGAGACAUUCUACAGAUCUCUGAUAGUCACAGACAACAAAAAGGUGAAUAAAAUCUGGCAAGAAUUGGAAGGUUACAAAAAGAAGCUUGAACGUGCAGAAGUGAUAUAUGCAGAGUCAAAGAAGAAAGGCAAUGCAGAAGGAAUAAGACCAACGAACAGAACUGGCUUGCUUGGUCUCUUUGGUAAAAAGGUUGAUAGCAUAGAAUACUACAAGGAAAAGAUCAAUGAAAUUAUCCCCAAAUUGGAAUCUGAACAAAAGGUUACUGUCCGCGAGAAGCAGCAAUGUGCUGCAAUAGUUUUCUUCACCAGUCGGGUGACUGCAGCUUGUGCUGGUCAAAGUUUAUAUGCCCAAAUGGUUGACCAUUGGACAGUUAUAGAUGCUCCUGAGCCUCGUCAACUUAUAUGGACCAAUCUCACAAUCAAUUUCUUCCAGAGGCAAAUACGGCAGUGUGUUGUGUAUGCCAUUGUGUUUCUGGUCAUAGUGUUUUACAUUAUUCCGAUCACUUUUAUCUCUGGAAUCACAACGCUUGCUAACCUGGAGAAACUUCUCCCAUUUUUAAAGCCAAUUGUCAAAAUUGAUGUCCUUAGGACAGUAUUAGAGGCGUAUCUUCCCCAGCUUGCUCUGAUUAUAUUCAUGGCUUUGUUACCCAAAUUUCUCUUGUUUCUCUCCAAGACUGAAGGAAUUCCUUCUGGGAGCCAUGCAAUAAGGGCUGCAUCUGGUAAAUAUUUUUAUUUCGUUGUGGUGAAUGUCUUCAUUGGAGUUACUAUUGGAGCAACUGUAUUCGAUACAAUCAAGACCAUUGAGAAGGAUCCGAAUUCCGUUGUUACUUUACUGGCUCAAAGCCUCCCAAACAACGCCACUUUCUUCAUCACCUAUGUGGCUCUGCAGUUCUUUGUGGGCUAUGGGCUUGAACUUUCUCGAAUUGUUCCUCUUAUCAUAUUUCACCUGAAGAAGAAGUAUCUUUGCAAAACAGAAGCUGACAUAAAAGAAGCAUGGUUACCUGGAGAUAUCGGUUAUGGGACUAGAGUUCCUGGUGACAUGCUUGUGGUCACAAUUGUCCUCUGCUACUCGGUCAUAGCUCCCAUUAUCAUCCCAUUUGGAGUACUUUACUUUGGUUUAGGAUGGCUUAUUCUGCGGAAUCAGGCACUAAAAGUUUAUGUUCCAUCAUAUGAGAGCUAUGGAAGGAUGUGGCCACACAUACACACACGUUUACUUGCUGCUCUGCUACUAUACCAAGUUACCAUGUUUGGUUACAUUGGUGCUAAGAAGUUCGUCUAUGCUCCAAUCAUAGUUCCACUUGUGAUACUGUCCUUGAUCUUUGCAUUCGUCUGUAGAAAGAAAUUCUAUCCAGCCUUUUGUCACCCCCCUCUUGAAGUUGCUUGCCAUGAAUUGAAGGAAAUUCCAAACAUGGAGCAGAUAUUCAGAUCCUAUAUCCCACCAAGUUUGUGCUCUGAGAAGCUUGAAGAUAAUCAGCAUGAAGAUGCUCUCUCUCGAGCUUCCAGAUCAGUAUCAGUUGUUUGACGUUUGUGCAUUGUUUUUGUUUGGUUGGAGGCAUGAAACAGACAUUUGAAUCUUAGGUUCUCUGUUGAUAGUAUGUUGUGGGAACCCUGCAUAUUACUACUUAGUUUUAUCUAUAACAUGUAUUUAAGGUCGUUUGUAUGAACAUGUCAACAUAUAUUCAGGUUCAUGUCAAU